UAUACAGGCUCUCACUAGAACAAUAAGAAGUGGGUAUAAUUAACUAGUCCUGACCUAGGCUCAUGCCUCUUGGGAGCUCGCGCCCUUUUUUUGCAUCUCCAUCAGCGCCAUGUCCAAACUUGUCCUCUGUCCCAGUGUGCGACGGGAAUGAUCUCCCGGCGAAUUUCUGACGAACCAGCCUCAAUGUGCUAAUGCCUGAGCUGCUAACAAAACCCAGGCGCUCUGACCCGCGGCUCAGAGAGAAGCAGUGAGGAAGAGUGAGCCGCAUCAGUCUGAGCGCGCGCUCUUCCACAGGAGCACUCAACAUUUCAGCACUUAAAUGUCAGGUAAACCAUACGACACCAAGUCAGCACGAGAGACUGUGUGGAUAUGAGCGCUGUUUUAUUAGACUUAUAGAUUCACAUCAUUAUCAGUGGGGUCGGGAGUCGUGCAGAGUGUUUGCGCGCGCACUCAGGCGUCCUCUCCUCCUCGGCGCGCGCAAAGAUGCGCUCCUGUUCCGAAUCAUCAGAGCUUAUUCUCCAGAGGUAGAUUCAACAUUUCUCAUAGUUCUCUUUCUGUCUAGAGUAUUUGAGCAGGCUGUCAAAGUUGAGUAAUAUGCCUUUGGAAUAGCUUAGAUCUGGGACGUUCACGCGCUCGACGUGUUAAUCAAUAGUAUUCCUCGAAGCUCUUGCGUGAAACUCGUGCGUGAACACAGCAGCGCUUCACACAGGAGUGAGGAGAGAGGAGUGAGGAGAGAGGAGUGAAGAGUGAGGAGAGAGGAGUGAGGAGAGAGGAGAGAGGGACUUGUUGUUGACCGAGUGGCGGAAUCGCGGUUCAGCACCGUGGACAGCUCCACGCGCACAUUUCCAUACCCAUCCUUCCCACCGGAACCAGCUCCAUGCGCGAGCCUGAAGCUGAGCAUCACUGAGGAGCAGCAGGACACACACACACACUCACACACACACACACACAGAGCCCAUCGCCCUGAAAACAACCUCUUCGAGAUCUCCCCAUGUGACACACGCAUCAGACUCAGACAGCCACACAUUCAAUGAGCUGAGUUUGGCAUUGAUGCUGGAGCUCACCUGUGCCUGAUCACAAAGAUAGCAUCUUCCAGCACUGCUCUACUUGCUGGACAGAGAGAUUAAACACAGAAAAAAGCAGAGAAUCCUGGUCUGAAUUUGUCCACAAUGGCUGGGAGGUUCCUUUGCCUCCGAGUUCAAGGACAUUCCUGGCCACUCCAUUUCCUCCUCCUGCUGCUGCUUGUGGCUAGGAGGCCGCAGGCGCUCGAAGUAUCUGGCUACAGCACUGACACCACCAAGAAGGAAAUCAUCAUAGAGGGAGAUCUGGUGAUCGGAGGACUCUUUCCAGUACAUCAGAAGGGUGAAGGAGCAGAGGACUGUGGUCGCAUCAAUGCCCAAAGAGGGAUACAGAGACUGGAGGCCAUGUUGCUCGCACUAGAUGAGAUCAAUAGAGAUAAUCGGAUCUUGCCCGGUGUCACACUGGGUGCUCACAUUCUGGACACAUGUUCAAAGGACACCUAUGCAUUGGAGCAGUCGCUGGAAUUUGUGCGGGCUGUUCUGACCAAGGUGGAUGACAGUGAAUACACAUGCCCAGAUGGAUCCUAUGCCAUUCAUGACGAUGUUCCCCUUGCCAUCUCUGGAGUCAUUGGUGGGUCCUACAGCGAUGUGUCCAUACAGGUGGCCAACCUUUUGCGACUUUUCCAGAUCCCCCAGAUUAGCUAUGCCUCAACAAGUGCUAAGCUCAGUGAUAAGUCCCGCUAUGACUACUUUGCCCGUACGGUUCCCCCAGACUUCUAUCAAGCCAAGGCCAUGGCUGAAAUCCUGCGCUACUUCAACUGGACUUAUGUCUCCACUGUAGCCUCAGAGGGUGACUAUGGAGAAACUGGCAUUGAUGCUUUUCAACAGGAGGCCAGAGCCUUGCAAAUCUGCAUUGCUACAUCUGCAAAGGUUAGCCGCUCAAUGGACCGCUACAGUUACGAAGGAGUGAUCAGGUCUCUGUUACAGAAGUCCAAUGCUAAGGUUGUGAUCCUCUUUACUCGAAGUGAAGAUGCCAGGGAGCUUUUGGUUGCAGCAAACCGCAUGAAUGUGUCCUUUAUCUGGGUGGCCAGUGAUGGCUGGGGGGCACAGGAGAGUGUGGUGAAAGGAAGUGAGUCAGUGGCAGAAGGAGCUUUCACCAUUGAACUUGCUUCAUAUCCAAUCCACAAAUUUGCUGAGUACUUCACAAAUCUAAAUCCUUACAACAACACUCGCAAUCCCUGGUUUCGAGAGUUCUGGGAGCACCAGUUCCAAUGUAGCCUGCACGAAAUUAACUGUGGGAAGCAUUCGCUCCGAGAUGGCAAGUUUGAGCAAGAAUCCAAGAUCAUGUUUGUAGUGAAUGCUGUGUUUGCAAUGGCCCAUGCACUGCACAACAUGAGACAAGCACUAUGUCUAAACAACACUAAAAUCUGCAGUGCCAUGAAACCAGUAAAUGGAAAGAAGUUGUAUAAAGAUUAUAUCUUGAAGACAAAGUUUGAUGCUCCAUUCCGUCCAGCUGACACAGAGAACAUUGUUCGCUUUGAUGCUUAUGGAGACAGUCUGGGUCGGUACAACAUCUUCCACUACCACAUAGAGAAUGGCACAUAUGUUUACCGUAAAGUUGGCUUUUGGGCCCAGAGUUUGAACCUAGAUACAAAUCUGAUCCCUUGGGAUAACCAAGUAAUACCUACCUCGCAGUGUAGUGAUCCCUGCAGGAUGAAUGAGAUUAAGAGCAUGCAGCCUGGUGAUGUCUGCUGUUGGAUCUGCAUCCCCUGCCAGCCCUACCAGUAUCUCAUGGAUGAAUUCACUUGUGCAGAAUGCAGCUUUGGCCAAUGGCCAAUGGCCAACCUGACUGGCUGUUAUGACUUGCCUGAGGAGUACAUCCACUGGGAGGAUGCCUGGGCCAUUGGACCAGUCACCAUUGCCUGUUUGGGGAUACUGUGCACACUCUUUGUGAUUGGUCUCUUCUUAAAGAACAAUGAGACACCUGUAGUUAAAGCUAGUGGACGAGAACUUUCCUAUAUUUUACUCCUGGGUGUGCUCCUCUGUUACUGCAUAACUUUUAUCUACAUUGCCAAACCUUCAGUAGUAGUGUGUACAUUACGUCGUCUUGGGCUCGGUACCUCCUUUGCAGUUUGCUACUCAGCACUUCUGACUAAGACCAACCGCAUUGCCCGUAUCUUCAAUGGUGUCAAAGAUGGUGCACAAAGGCCAAGGUUUAUUAGUCCAGCUUCACAGGUAGCUAUUUGUGCUGCCCUCAUUUCCUGUCAGCUGUUAGUGGUGAUGGUCUGGCUCUUGGUAGAGACACCAGGUGUAAGGAAAGAGGUCAGUCCUGAGAGAAGAGACAUAGUCAGGUUGAAAUGCAACAGCAAGGACUCCAGCAUGCUAAUUUCACUGACCUAUAACUGUGUCCUCAUUAUCCUCUGCACCUUCUACGCCUUCAAGACCAGAAAGUGCCCAGAGAACUUCAAUGAGGCAAAGUUUAUUGGUUUCACUAUGUAUACCACCUGCAUCAUCUGGCUGGCUUUCCAGCCCAUCUUCUAUGUCACAGCCAGUGACUAUAGGGUUCAGACCACCACAAUGUGCAUCUCAGUGAGUCUGAGUGGCUCAGUGGUGCUGGGUUGCCUUUUUGCUCCUAAGAUCCACAUAAUCCUGUUCCAGCCACAGAAGAAUGUCACCACCAGUCUCAGGGUGGCCACCACUCGCUUCAGCGUGACCACGGGCCCCGGCUCCAGCUUCUCUCAAGCAUCCAACAUUGUGCCAACAGUGUGUAAUGGAAGAGAAGUAGUGGACUCAACAACAUCAUCUCUCUAAAAGAUGAGCUCUAUCCAUCUGCCAAAUGUGGUAUACAGAUUAAUUUUAUCACUAGUCAGUAAAACGUGUUUGCUGAUAUUAAGGAGGCCCCUCACAGUAAGGAGUGGCACUUAUUUCAUUUUCAACGUGCUGUGAAAAAAAUCCCCUCCCCUUGCUCACUUUCUCUUGUUCUUUCUUGCUCAUAUUCACUCUCUCUUGCUUCUUCUUCUUCUUCUUCUUCUUCUUCUUCUCUCUCUCUCUCUCUCUCUCUCCUCUCUUUCUCUUUGAAACUAGUUAGAAAAUAAUAAUGGGAUGCCAGCGGAAGCUCUGUAUACCACUACUUUUUAUAGAAAAUAUAAUAAAGUAUUAUUUAAGACAUGGAGUAAAAUGAUAGUGAAUCUGUUCAAUGUAUCAUAUACAGGAUGUUUUUAAUUGUAGAUUUUUGGUGAUUCAGGUUUGUUGUUCCUUGUAAUUAAUGUAAAUAAAACGUGUUUUUAUGAAUAUUGGAAAUCCAGGUUGAUUUUCUUUGUACAUAAAUUAAAGUUGAGGUUGAUGAUUUUUGUCUUUUUUUUAUUAAUUGCUUAAGCUGUCACAUUUCAUCAGCUGGUCUCUCUGGUCUCUGUGGUAUUCCAGGCAGUAUAAAUGGGAGGGGAAAAAAGCAAGCUAUGUG